UUGCUGUUGUUACAGGACUGUAACAGACCGGGAAACCCCAAAAAACCCAGAAUGGACUGAUCCGGUGAGCGUAUCCAGGUAUCGUUACCUAACCCGUGUGUUCGCCAUCGUUUCGGCGUUCGCUGACAGGGGGCCCAAAACAAAACAUAAACAAAAGAACCAUACAAAUGGCGGCCUCCAGUCACAUUUGUCUGUGAACGGCUUUCUUUGGAAAGAUUGUGCUAUAGUGACAUUUCCCAUUGUCUCACAUAUUUCACACGGGUCACCGCUAGCAAUGUCCCAGCGAAGUGGAGGCGGUGGAAAAUACAAUAGCAGAUACGAUGGGGGUGAGUAUUCAUCAUAUGGAACCUCUUCCCGAGGAAAUAGCGGUGGAGGGUCGAGAGACUUCAGAGCUGUGGCACCCCCAGCAGCUCAGGCAUCAAAUAGAGGCUACGCCAGACAAACGCAAAUCACCACCGCCGCUGCACUGAUGCCCACUUAUGACCAGCUAAUCAAGAAACCGCGUACUGAAGAGGACUACUGGAACGAGGAUGACGACGAGCCAACCACGACGUCGAAAGUAAGCAGUGAGCCGAAGGCUCCAGGAGAUGGUGAAGGUUCCGACUCGGAAGAGGAUCCUUUGGAUGCGUUUAUGGCGGGACUUAGCGAAGAAAUGAAAGAGAGUGACCGGCAAAGCAAAGCAAAGAAAAAGGGGGAUCGGAGCGAUAAAGACAAAGCAAACAAGGGUAUUCGCGAUGAUAUUGAAAUUGAAGAUGAUGAGGAGAGUUACUACCGCUGCGUGAAGGAAAAUCAGUUGACAGGAACGACAGCUGAUGAUGAUGAGAUCGAGAUUGAGUACGACGAGGAUGGUAAUCCCAUCGUUCCUCAGAAGAGCAAGUACAUCAAACCAUUACCAAGCGUCGAUCACAGCAUUGUGGAGUAUAAAUCGUUCGAGAAGAAUUUCUAUAACGAACAUCCUGAUAUAUCGUCGUUAAGUCCAGACGAAGCAAACAAGCUUCGCCAAAAGCUGGGCAUUAGGGUACUUGGAGUGAUGCCCUGUAAUCCCGUCGCUGCGUUUGCUCACAUGAACCUCGAUGGUGGUUUAAUGAAGGCGAUCCGGAAAGCCCAGUAUGAGCAGCCUACCCCUAUACAAGCACAGGCAAUCCCACUGGCGCUAAGUGGAAGGGAUAUUAUAGGGAUUGCCAAGACAGGUUCAGGAAAAACUCUUGCCUUUCUUCUACCUUUGCUGGUGCACUUGAUGGACCAAGAUGAACUUAAAGAGGGGGACGGUCCGAUCGGUCUUAUACUGGCACCUACACGAGAACUCGCUAUGCAGAUAUACACGGAAGCCAAAAAGUUUGCUAAGGUGUACAACGUGAGUGUGGCGUGCUGCUUUGGUGGAGUUUCGAAAUGGGAACAAAGUAAAGCUUUGUCAGAGGGUGCCGAGAUUGUCGUUGGGACACCCGGACGAAUGAUUGAUAUGAUUGAGAAAAAAGGUACAAAUCUUCAACGGGUGACCUUUCUUGUUCUGGAUGAAGCUGAUAGAAUGUUCGACAUGGGGUUUGAACCGCAGGUUCGUUCUAUAUGCAAUUGCGUACGCCCAGACCGACAAUGCCUAAUGUUCAGCGCCACAUUCAAGAAGAAAAUCGAGCGACUAGCCAGAGAUGUACUCACUGAUCCUGUCAAGAUCAUUCAAGGCGAUAUCGGCGAGGCAACUGAGGACGUUACUCAAGUUAUGAUAUUUAUGAAAUCGAAGGAGCAAAAGGACAUCGACAAAGAAAAAUUCUUGUGGCUAGGGGAACACAUCGUUGAAUUAUGCAGUCGUGGAAGUGUACUUGUGUUUGUAACGAAGAAGGCGAGUUGCGAAAUUGUAGCCGAAAAAUUACGGCAACGAGAUCAUAAGUUGGGAAUGCUGCAUGGAGACAUCGAUCAGACAGAACGUACAAAAAUUAUUGCGGCGUUUAAACGUCAAGAGUUCCCGGUUCUCGUGGCAUCCGACGUUUGCGCACGUGGUUUAGAUAUUAGCCACAUUCGUACAGUUGUUAACUUUGAUACUGCCAGAGAUAUUGAUACACAUACUCACAGGGUGGGUCGAACUGGUCGUGCCGGUAAUAAGGGCACAGCCUAUACACUAGUUUGUGAAAAAGAUAAAGAAUUCGCUGGCCAUCUGGUUCGUAACCUUGAAGGUGCCAAUCAACACGUGCCUCAGCAGCUCAUGGACUUAGCUAUGCAGUCGCAAUGGUUCCGGAAGUCGCGUUUCAAACACGGCGGCGGACGUGGGAAGCAGUUAGAAAUGAAAAGCCGAGAAAGACCAGGAUUGGGAAGUACCGCAUCUUCAGGAGGCGAUGCAUCAGCAAUGGACCAAGCAAGGGCACAGGUGUCGGCAGGAACCAUGAGUUUAAGUGAAACGUUCUCCGCCCAUACAUCUGGAGACAAACCGGUCAAUAGGUUUUCAGUGAUGAAAGCUGCUUACGGGGCCCAAUAUCGUACUCAGUUCCGCGCAGCGUCGGAUCAAACACUAUCACAGCCGUAUACCCAACAGGCUCGGUAUGGCCAGAUACCCCCGCAGAGGACCCCUGUGACACCUCAGAGGCCACCUACAGCUUCGCCCCCGUCAGGCGGGGGCGAAUCUCAGAAGAAAAGGUCGAGGUGGCACUAACCCAUGCAUCAAUAGCUGGCCAUUUGGCCGUACCGCUCUCGCCUGCGAAGACCACUGCUGUAUAUAUUUAUUAUACGCAAACAUUAAUUGUACGAUUAGCUAAUUGAUGACGACAAGUCAAACAAUAUUCAUUCGUCUUCGCAUGUGUGUGCUCUUGGAAGGAAGAUCAUUGUGCGAGUAAAAGCACAGCAGACCAUAGGCGCAGAUAUAGAUACCCACCCGCGUGUGUUCUUGAAUUUUCAUAGACACACUUACAUACAAACACACACAAACACACGCAGAUACAUACGCCAACUUAAGUAGACUGCCGAGUGAUGCAGUAUUCGUUUGAAUACAAUUGUAAAUCAAACCAUUAAAUAUAACUUAACAGUGGCCACUGUGUA